CAGCGACGCAAGAUGGCAGCCACCACAGGCUCGGGAGUAAAAGUCCCUCAAAAUUUCCGACUGUUGGAUGAGCUGGAAGAAGGCCAGAAAGGAGUAGGCGACCGCACAGUUAGCUGGGGUCUGGAGGACGACGAGGACAUGGCGCUCACAAGAUGGAUAGGCAUGAUAAUUGGGCCUCCACGAACAAUUUAUGAAAACCAAAUACACAGCCUUUAGAUAGAGUGUGGGCCUUAGUAGCCAGAAGCACCCCUGUCUGUGAGAUUUGUAACAAGAGUCAAUAUGAGUGGCGUGAGCAGUUCCAAUGGAGUGGUGGAUCCACGAGCCACGGCAGUGCUGGCAAAGUGGCAGAAUUCCCGCAGCAUCAAAGUCAUCCUGCAGGAACUGAGGCGCUUGAUGAUGUCAAAAGAGAACAUGAAGCUGCCACAGCCACCAGAAGGACAGUGUUACAGCAAUUAG